AUGCGUGAGAAUGAAGGACUCUUUUCGUUUUAUAUCAUUUUCGAUGGAAUAUACGGUAGUGGAAAUGUACGUAUGCAAUUGGAAUCGCCAAUCACAGCACGAUGGUCGUAUCGUAGAGUUUCUCAGAGAGUUAGAAAUUGUAGAGCUCUUGGAUCCGCGUCCUGUCUUUUACGGCAGAAAAACGGUAGCCACGUGACCGACGAGACACAGGGAAUAGAAAGUGCACUACAUAGACGAGACGUCUGAGUAUCCGUUGGUAAACAAAUGCGACAAGUAUCCCGUGGGACAUCUGCACAUUUUUACCAAUUCCGAGAUAGCCGAAAUUUCUCAUUAUUACGGAAUGGCCAAAGUGAACAUUCUAUCACCGUACAAAGUAUUCAAUCUAGCAUUGCCAUAUCGGAGAAGUGGAAAGUUGACAUUUCUGUUAUGUUGCACGUGUGUGUGUUUACGUGCCCUGGUACGGAGAGGGCAUGGAGAGAGCUACUUCGUGUACACCCGAAAUCAGUAA